AUGUUAAAAUUUAUUCGAUCAAAGGGACAUCAUCAACAGCCAUCAGCUGAACGACAAAAAUUACAAAAGGAAUUGUAUGCAUUUCGUAAGACUGUUCAGCAUGGAUUUCCUCAUAAGCCAUCUUCAUUGGCCUAUGAUCCGGUUUUAAAAUUAAUGGCAAUCGGCACAACAGUUGGUGUCAUUAAAGUAUUUGGUCAACCCGGCGUUGAGUUUUAUGGACAGACAACGCCGAUAAUUACAUCAACAAAUCCAACUCAGUCAGACUGUUUGGUGCAAAUACUUGAGUUUAUACCGGGCAAUGGACGUUUGCUUUCAUUGACAUCGAACAAUCAAUUGACAUUAUGGGAGCCAGCUGGAACAAUGCUUGUUGCCAUCAAAACAUUGGCACUUGAGAAGUUUAAAAAAGUUUCAACAUUAUGCUGUUCCUACAUUAAAGACCUCUUAUGGAUCGGUACUGAAGGUGGAAAUGUUUAUCAGUUUGACUUAAAAACUUUCCAAAUAAAGGAAUCAACCAUUUUUCAUGAUGCUGUUUAUGAUCAAUUGCCUUCAUCAUACAAACUGAAUCCCGGUGCAAUUGAAUCAAUCAAACAAUUACCAAAUCAGCCUCAUUUGUUGUUGAUUGCAUAUAAUCGAGGUCUUGCCGUUUUGUGGGAUUUGGAUGAGAAUAAAGUUGUUCGUUCUUUUGUUUCUCCUGGACAUGGACAGAGUGUUGGAAUUUAUGUCAAUCAAGAAGGAAGCCAAUUUACAUGGUAUCAUGCUGAUGGAUCAUUUGCAACGUGGGAUGUUGAGAGCACUAAUGAGCCAGAAAAUGUAAAAUAUGUUCCAUAUGGACCUGAUCCAUGUAAAGCAAUCGAUCGUCUCGUACGUGGUUUUCGUGGUGACAAUGAGCUGAUUAUUUUCUCGGGUGGAAUGCCGCGAUCAGCUUACGGAGAUCAUCAAUGCAUUUCUGUUCACUGCAAGGAUGGAACAAAAAUUGCACUUGAUUUUACAUCGAAGGUCAUCGACUUUUUUGUGACAUUUAAAGACAUUGAAAGUGUCAAUGAGAAGUCACAGGCUGAAGUAUUGAUUGUUUUAUUGGAAGAAGAAUUGGUUGCAUAUGACUUAACACAAAAAUCAGUACCUCUGGUAAAUGCACCUUACUUGCAUUCUCUUCAUGCAUCAGCAGUAACAUGUAAUCAACUUGUUUCACAAGUUACUGCAGAAGUUUAUGAUAAAAUUGUUCAAGCCGGCAUUCAACAAUAUAUUAAGUUUAGCGACAUACCAUGGCCACUUAACGGAGGCGAUGUUGCAGAGCGUCCUAAUGAUUCUAAUAUUACUGAAUAUGAAAUUUUAUUAACUGGUCAUGAAGAUGGUUCAGUUAAAUUCUGGGAUUGUUCUGAUGUUUGUCUUACUCCACUUUUGCAUGUCAAAACGGCUCAAUUAUUUGGUAAUAGCGAUGAUUUGGAUCAACCACGAGAAGAUGAUUUGGAAUGCGACGAUGGUGAACCACCAUUUAGAAAAGCUGGACAAUUUGAUCCUUAUUCUGAUGAUCCACGUUUGGCAGUUAAGAAAAUAUCAUUAUGUCCCAAAACUGGUGUUCUGAUUAUUGCCGGUACUGCUGGAAAUAUUGUUGUUGCAACCUUAGAAGAUUCUCCCGUUACAAAUUCAGAAGGGAUUCGAACGACAACAAUGGAUUUAGUAAGUGAGCAUCUUGGAUUCAUCUGGAAAGGUCACGAUCCAUUGAAAGUUAAACAGCAAUUGCUUGAACAAAGUCAACCAUUAGCAGAUGGCGUUGAAGUUAUGGGAGUUUUACAAAUAAAGCCACCAGCAGCCAUCACAUGCAUAGCAUUGCAGUCAAAAUGGGGUCUGUUAUCUGCAGGAACUGCACAUGGUUUGGUUUUAUAUGAUUUUAUAAAUAAUAGACCAGUUUUGCAUAAAUGUACAUUAAAUCCAAAUGAUUUAACUGGUGCUGGUGAGCCAAUUUCAAGAAGAAAGUCAUUUAAAAAAUCCUUAAGAGAAUCAUUUAGACGUUUACGUAAGGGAAGAUCAACUAGAAAUAAUCAGCCCAAUAUUCCUGCUGAAACAAGACCUGUUGAACGUCAAAUCGAGGCUCGUCAAGUCGAUGAUGGCAUGGGUUCCAUGAUUAGAUGUUUAACUUUUGCCCAAACAUACAUUACUAAUGUCAAUUCCACUGUACCAACUUUAUGGUCUGGAACCAAUUCAAGUUGCGUAUCUAUUUUCAUAUUGCACAUUCCACAACCUAAUACUACAUCAGAAGAAACCCCAAGACCAAUUAUGGGACAGUUGGCAAAAGAAAUACAAAUUAAACAUAAAGCUCCAGUCAUUGCAAUUUCAUUGUUUGAUGCUCUCAAUGUGCCUCUAGAUUUCCAAGACACUCCUGGCGUUGGACCUCAUAAAGUAGUAAUAGCAUCAGAAGAGCAAUUUAAAUUGUUCUCUCUUCCACAAUUGAAGCCCAUAAACAAAUUCAAACUUACGGCACAUGAAGGAGCUCGUGUACGACGAAUGCAAUUUGGUGAAUUUACAUGCUCUGUGUCACCUGAUCAAUUGAAUCCUAGUCCUCAAAAAGGAGUACGCCCAGCAUCACCAUUAGCAGCACCUCCACCUCCCGACAAUGCUGACAGUCCAGUUGAAAAUAUUUUAUAUAAAGAAUAUGCAUUGCUUUGCCUUACAAAUUUGGGAGAUGUUCUAGUUCUAUCCAUUCCGGAAUUUAAGCGUCAAAUCAACGCUGCAGCGAUUCGUAGAGAAGAUAUAAAUGGCAUUUCAUCACUUUGCUUUACAAAUCAUGGUGAAGCUCUUUACAUGAUGUCAUCAUCGGAAAUUCAACGUAUAACCUUGUCUGGGAAAAAAAUUGUCUCACCAAGUGGAUCAAUCGAUUUGGAGGAUUGGGAUGAUGAACGGGAUAUCGAUGAGAUUAUUGAUCAUAAUCCAGAAACUGAGGAAGGAAAUGAAAAUACAACAAUUGAAGCGGUAACGCCUUUGAGUGGAGCUGGAAGUGAUAUCGCAGUUAAUGGAAACGAACGAUUAACGAAUGGAGUCGAAGCUUCACCAACAAGUAUCACAAACAACAACUUGGGAAAUGACACUAUUUCAAGUUCUAUGGGCGACAUCACAAUAGAUUCUGUUCGAGAUCAUUUAAAUUCGACAGUUACAACCUUAUGCUCUACAACGACAGAAGAGAUUGUUGGACGUUUAUCAGUUCUUUCAACAUCAACAAAUAAUACAACAACUAGUUUAAAUCCAAAAGAAAUCAUGGACAUAAAGACAUUAAAGGAUGUAAAUGUAGGCGGUGAAACGAAUGAGACACAUCAGAACGCAGUAAUUGUGAAAUCUGUUAUAACGACAAUAUCACAUGGAGCAACUAAUGGUGAUGCCGACAAGACAACAACGACAACUUACACUCGAAAAGAGAGUCAAUUUUAA